AUGUGGCCGAGCCCCUUUACCAGGCCAACUCAUGGCUCAACACGCAGGGCGGCAUCGCGUGCAUUUCUUCUGGCUGUGCCGCUGCCCUGGGUGUUGGCUCCUGUGACCAAGCAACGAUCCUGGCGGCAUUGGCGCGCUCGAAAGAGAUCCUUUCCAAGGCGCAGGAUGCCCUGGAUUCUGACUUUGGCGAGCUCUGCCGACGUCACGGAGGGUUUCGGCGAAGUCAAAAUGUGGGGCUGGGCGCGCCGAGCGAAGUGGCCGCGACCGCGCUGGCGGCAGCUCAAGAGUCUUUGA